GCUCCCGCCCUCGGCGUUGCUAAUUGGCUCACGCUGUGGUUGUUGGCCGCUUACGCCUCCUCUGAUUGGCUGGACACACGCUUCCCGGAGGCCUCCGCAGCUGCCUCUGGAUUCUGGGAAGAAGUGAAAUCCAGUGUUGAGGAAGGAGAAACCGAAGAGGCAGCGGCGGCGUGGAUCAAUGUGUUGGCUGGACCGGGCGCAGUGAGUCUGACGUGAAGAUUCCAAGUAAGAAAUGGCUUCAUACAGCUGCAGUGUGGUCCUGGCUACUCUUCGGUGCCGCAGUUCACAUCUUGUCCUGAGGAAGAACCUGUGUCCGAUAUACGCCUCUGUUUCCUGCGCACAAAAUAGUGGCCGUGUCCCUCAACCAAGCUGCUUGGUGCCCGCUGCCUUUGUGAGCCCCUCAUGGAGCACCCGUGCUUUCCACGCUUCUGGGUUCUCUCUUCAGGAUGCCCCGCCCCCUCCUCCCUCCACCCCACCUUCCCCACCGGAGCCCGAGAAAUCUCCGCAAGUGGUGCGUAAAUCCCUCGGCCAGAGGGUGAUGGAUGAAAUCAAACACUUCUACCACGGUUUCCGCCUGCUCUGGAUUGACACUAAGGUGGCCGCUCGGAUGGUCUGGCGGUUGCUACACGGGCAAGUGCUGACUAGGAGGGAAAGGCGAAGGCUUAUGAGGACGUGCGCUGAUCUUUUCAGACUGGUCCCGUUCAUGGUCUUUGUUAUUGUCCCCUUCAUGGAGUUUCUGCUGCCCGUGUUCCUGAAGCUCUUCCCAGAAAUGUUGCCUUCCACAUUUGAAACUGAAUCCAAAAAGGAGGAAAAGAUGAAGAAAAAGUUGGGAGCAAAGCUGGAAAUGGCCAAGUUCCUACAAGAGACCAUCUCUGAGAUGGCACGGAGGAACAAGGCAGAGACUGGAGCCGACAGCCAGCAGCAGUUCUCUUCCUAUGUGCAGCAGGUUCGAGGCACAGGUGAGCAGCCCAGUACAAAGGAGAUUGUGCGCUUCUCCAAACUCUUUGAGGAUGAGUUAACCCUGGAGAACCUGGAACGGUCUCAGCUUGCGGCCCUAUGCAGACUGCUGGAACUGCCCCCAAUCGGCACCAACAACUUGCUGCGCUUUCAGCUCAUGAUGCAGCUCCGCUCCAUACGGGCCGACGAUGAGAUGAUCUCCAAGGAAGGGGUGGAAAACCUCACUGUGGCAGAACUUCAAGCAGCCAGCAGGGCUCGGGGAAUGAGAUCUCUGGGCCUCACAGAGGAACAACUGAAGGAGCAAAUUAAACAGUGGCUGGAUUUACACCUAAAGGAGAACGUUCCCCCAUCUCUGCUACUUCUCUCCCGUGCUCUGUAUCUGACGGAGCUCAAGCCUAAGCCCCUCCUGCCCUUGAAACAAGAGAUCCCUAAAGUAAACCCUGUUAUAGUGGAGGCCAUAGACACGGAGGCCAUAGACACUAAGGACAAUCUUGCAGACACAGCUCCUACCUUGAAAGGGUUAAAGGAAGAAGAACUUGUUUCAGAGACUUUACUCAAAGAAUCUGCCGCACAAUCAAAGGAGAAUACAAAAGCCAGUGCUAAUGGGGUGUAACGUCGCUGGAUGACAAGAACAGAACAAGAUCCAAAGCCACAAGUCUCAGCUCGGCAGCCAAUAGAAAAACAACGUCCUGUGAAGCUCUCGUCUAGAAUGAUGUGUCUCCCGGUGAAGAGUUCAGUGAUCUUCCCAGAAUUCUUUGCAUUGUAUCGUGCCUUUCGGUCUCACUUCAGGUGCUAGUAGGUGAGCUGGGCUGUGCCGUGGUGCUGGGUAUCACUAUAUAUUGCUGCAUACUGAUGUCUCUUAUCCUCGUAAUCUCUCAGUGAGGGACAAAACAAACGCCUGUUGCUUACAAGUCACAAAUUGGCCUCUGCUGUGUUUGGUACAGGCUUAUAAAGCAGGGGCGUGUCAUAAUGCUGAUUAUAUCAUAAUGCUGAGUGUAUAAUAAUGCUGAGUAUCCCCAAAGGAUAUGUAUUUUACAGGGCUCAGUUUUUUUAAUUACUGUAGCAGUGAGGGGAAAAUGUGGCAGAUCAAUUGUGCAGCUCCCAUGCCUCCUCCUCUCACUACCAAAAAAACAUCUGAAACAGACCAUAGAAAAAGACAGGGCUGCAUUAUCAGCAUUGUGGCGACUCCACCCAAGUAGCCUCAGUAAGGAUCCAGGUUGCCAGCACAAAUACAAAGGCCACAUUUAGAUUCUGACUGAGGCUGUUUGGGUGGGGGUUAUCAUUGGACUGAAAACCACAUCAGUCAGGAUCCAAAUAUGACUGCUGGCUGCAAGGGUCCUGUUUGGAUUCUUAUUAAGGCUGAUUGGGUGGGGUCUUCACAGGACUGAAACCAGCCUCAGUCAUGGUCCAGAUGUGACCCUUGCAGCCAUGCUGGCAGUCACUCUACAGGGACCUAGUUCCCUGGCAAUUUUCUGACUGCCAGCACAGCUGCAAGGGUCUCAUUUGGAUUCUUACUGAGGCUGAUAGGGUGGGGCUUCACUGGACUGAAACCAGCCUCAGUCAGGGUCCAGAUGUGACCCUUGCAGCCAGCUAGCAGCUGGCAGUCACUUUGCAGGGCCCUAGUUCCCUGGUGAUUUGCUGACUACCAGCACAGCUGCAAGGGUCUCAUUUGGAUUCUUAUUGAGGCUGAUAGGGUGUGGCUUCACUGGACUGAUACCAGCCUCAGUCAGGGUCCAGAUAUGACCCUUGGAGCCAUGCUGGCGGAAGGGUUGCCACCUUUUCUGGAAAAAAAAUAAUGGCCUUCCUAUAUUCUUGCUGUUUUUUCCUAUUAAUAACAUUGGCAUUGACUCAUCAUUUUUACUGGCCAGGCCAGUAAAAUACAGGUCAGGUGGCAACCCUAGCUGGCAGCCAUUCUGCCUAGUUCCCUGACGAUUUGCUGACUGCCAACACAGCUGCAAGGGUCUCUUUUGGAUUCUUAUUGAGGUUGAUAGAGUGGGGCUUCACCGGACUGAAACCAGCCUCAGUCAGGGUCCAGAUGUGACCCUUGCAGCUGUACUGACAGGAAGUUUUGCUAUGGCUGCCGGUAUACCUGCAAGGGUCACAUUCAGAUCCUGACUGCAGCUGAUUGGGUGGGCUUGUCACCAGCCUGAAAAUGCACCCCCCCUGUUUGUCUUGUGUCUGUCUCAGUGUAAAGAGACCAGCGUAUCUCUCUGCAUCAGAACUGAUAUAAUAACUGCUCUGUAUGAUUCGUAUGGGUCCAACAGUUUACACAGAAAUGAAAUACCGAUACUUUUCCUUAUCAUGUAAGUACCUCUCUCUGUAUAAAUAUUACCUUUAAAUUAUACUGUAAAUAUGUACAUAGGGAACAAACCAUUGUAGACCACUGUACAUUUCUGCUCAAAUACUUUAUAUUCUUCUAUGCACAGUUGAAUAUUUUUCUUGCCGUCUGUAACUGUAAACAAAGCCUCUAUUAAAUGUCUUAUUUGUUUUUAA